UGUGGACUGUACGUAUUUGAUGCGUAUAACGCCUUACCUGCCGCCUUAAGUUCAUGUCUCAUAUUUCAAUACCUGCUGAACCUACUCCAUAUGCACAAAGCUUACCUAAACAUCAAAGAACAUAUCAGAGUUAUGGAGUUGAGUUCCUCCAUCAACAACACAUGGAAACUCUGCAUAAUAGGGAGUUUAUUUGGGUUCUUGAUCUUGCUCAUGUUUAUCAACCAGAAUAACCAAAAUGCAAGUUUUUCAGCUGCUAAAACCACAAUGCUAGAAUUCGCUCCGCUUGCUGAUGCUGAGGCACCUAUCUCCACGAUUAUUCCCGAUCUUCUGCAUCAUUCUAUUCCACCUUCACCAGCUAACUACGUCAAUGAGCCUAUCGAGCCCGCUAAGUUAGAUUCUGAUCUUACAAAACAUUUAAAGUCAACGCAUUAUAACGAUAAAGCAAUGCCUAAAAUCCCUCAAAACACCUUAGAAAAACAAAUAAACAAUAGUACAGAAAACAAAUGCAAUAUCUUUGAUGGAAGAUGGGUUUAUAAGCCGGGUGAGAAUCCAAAUUAUGAUACAAGAAGGUGUUCGUUCAUUGAAGAAAAGAUGAGUUGCCAAAAGAAUGGAAGGCCAGAUUUCGAGUAUGAGAAGUGGAGAUGGGAAGCUAAAGAUUGUGACAUACCAUUGUUUAAUGGAAGAGACAUGCUUGAAAGGCUUAGAAACAAGAGGGUGAUUAUAGUUGGAGAUUCACUUAAUAGAAACAUGUGGGAGUCUCUUGCUUGUCUUCUAUACUCAUCUGUUUCUCCUUCUAGAGCUGAAGUUAAUGACAAAAGUUCACACUAUAAGGUGUUCAAGGCAAAGGACUAUAAUACCAUUCUUGAGUUUCAUUGGAGCCCAUUUUUAGUCGAAUUUGAUAUUAAACAUAGAAGUGGUAAAAAAGUGCUUAUGCUAGACAAGCUUUCAUCCAAUUCACAGCAAUGGCUAGGUGCUGAUGUCAUGGUGUUCAACUCAGGCCAUUGGUGGACUCACACAGGAACAUUCAAAAAGUGGGAUUUAUUACAACACAAUGGGAAACUAAUGGAGGGAAUGCCGGUGGCACAUGCAUAUGAGUUAGGCAUGAAAACAUGGGCUAAAUGGAUAAAAGAAAACGUAGACCCAAUGAAAACAAAUGUAUUUUUCAGAAGUAUUUCAGCACAACACAAUGGAAGAACAGGGUGCUACAACGUAACUCAACCUCUCAUGGAUGAGUCGUAUAUAAAUCACUACCCUAAAUCUAUGGUUAAUGUCAUUGAGAGUUUGAUAAUUGGAAUGAGCAAAAUAAAGGUAACGUAUUUAAACAUCACCAAACUUUCAGAGUAUAGAAUUGAUGCACAUCCAUCAGUAUAUAGGAGUAGCUGGAAAUGGAAGAUUUACACGAGUAAAUACCAAAGGUUAAUUCCUUCUUAUGCUGAUUGUAGUCAUUGGUGCCUUCCUGGACUACCUGAUACUUGGAAUAGACUAUUUUAUGUUUCUCUCUUCUUUGAUGGUUUUGGAAAUAAGUCUAGUUAAUGAGUUUUCGCAUAAUUUCGCUUAAUUUUUUUUAUUUGUAUCCCUUAAUUUCUCUUAAUAGACUAUUCCUGGACUACCUGAUUGUAUAAUGAAUAAUGUGUACAAAGGCUCAACUUACAACUGAUCUCCUUUUGUGAUUGAAAUGAAUAUAUAUGUAUAAUGAAGUUUUAUGAU